UUAUAUGAAUUAUUGCGAGAGAACGAGAAUCUUUUCCAUGGCACACCGCGCCCUUAUUCAUCUCCCACAUUGCCACGCCGCCAAACUCAAACUCGAACUCACCAAUGUCACUAUCACUUCCCUUUUCUCCACCCUCUGCCACCACCCUACCACCACACUUCCGCCACAACCUCCACCCUCCCCAAGAAAACUCCCUUUCACAGUGUCUGUUCACGGCAGGACAUGGGAGGACCCAUAUCACUGGAUGUCCAACACCGACGAUCCUCAUUUGUUGGAACAUCUCAACCGUGAAAAUAGUUAUGCUGAUGCAUUCAUGGCUGAUACUCUCAAACUUCGCUCUCAGUUGUCUUCUGAGAUGAAAGCACGAUUGCCUCCUUCUAUUUGCACCCCACCUGAACGUUGGGGACCAUGGUUGUAUUACCAGUACAUUCCAGAGGGAAAGGAAUAUCCUGUGAUGUGUAGGAAGCUGGAAACAGAGCGAAGUGGUUGGAUGAAUACAUUUUUGCACCGCCAUGGAAUGGCAGGAUCUAAAAGGGAGGAGGUUUUGCUUGACUGGAAUGAACUCGCAGAGAAAUAUGGGUAUGUCCACGUGGGAACAUGUAGGGUUUCACCUGAUCAUAACUACCUUGCAUACACGGUUGAUAUUUCUGGUGGUGAACGGUUUAUGCUUCAGGUUAAAGACCUCAGAAGUGGAUUACAUGACCCAAAUAUAGAAGUGGAUGAUGUUGUUAGCUUGGCUUGGGCUCGAGAUGCAAGCUCUCUUUUUUAUACUCAAUCGGAUGAAAACCAGCGACCUUACAGGGUUCUCUGCAGGAAACUUGGAUGUGAUCUUGUGAAUGAUCUCCCAAUAUUUACUGAAAGUGAUUCCAGUUUUUGUGUGGACAUAACAAGCACAAAGGAUGGCAAGUUCAUUACUGUGAAUUCAAACUCAAGGACUUCAUCUGAGGUUUAUGUUAUAGAUUCCACCAAUCCAAUGGAUGGUUUACAAAGACUAUGUGAACGUACUUCUGGUGUACAGUACUUUGUAGAGCAUCACUCUAGUCUAUUUUAUAUCCUCACUAAUGCUCCUUUGCCUGAUGGUCAAUGGUCUGGUGAAGAGUAUUACCUUGUUAGAUGCCGAGUUGAAGAUAUCGAGUCACCUAAGUUGCAGACUAUCAUCCUUCCUGAUAAAGAUACAAGCCUAUGUGAUAUGGACAUCUUUAAUGGACAUCUGGUUCUUUUCCUCAAUAAGAAAGGUCUUCCUUUGCUAUGUUCCUUGAACUUACCUUUCGAAAUUGAUUUCAAGAAUCAAGUAUAUAUUCAAGAUCUGAAACCAUGGUACUUUCCUCUGCCAUUGAAUACAUGCAGUUCCGUUCCUGGUUCCAAUCAUGACUUCCUGAAUACGGUUUACCGUGUAGUUCUUUCAUCACCUGUGAUGCCAGAUGUUAUUGCUGACUAUGACAUGUCGAGACAAACAUAUUCAAUUGUGCAUCAAGAGGAAGUGAAUUGUGAUUCUGCUGGUCAAUCACGCAUCCCACCUUUCGAGUUAAUUAAUAAUCCAAUUCAAGAAGCAUGCAUUGAAAGCAAAGAGAGUGCCUCACAUUCCGAUUCACAGAGAUGGAAGGACUUUUCAGAAGUAUAUUGUUGUAAAAGAGAGGAAGUUGUUUCCCAUGAUGGUGUAAAAGUUCCACUAACCAUUGUGUACUCAAGGGAAUUCUGGCAGAAAGGUCAAAGCCCAGGAAUUUUAGUAGGCUAUGGAGCAUAUGGAGAAGAUCUUGAUAAGAGCUGGUGUUCAGAUCGUCUGAGUUUAUUGGAUCGUGGUUGGGUUGUGGCAUUUGCUGAUGUAAGAGGAGGUGGAGGUGGUGGUCGUUCAUGGCAUAAAUCAGGGAGUGGACUAAACAAACACAAUUCAAUAUCAGACUUUGUAUCUUGUGGCAACUACCUGGUUAAUGAGGGUUAUAUCCGCAAAGACCAUCUUGGUGCUGUUGGAUGGAGUGCAGGCUGCCUUCUUGUUGGCGCAACUAUCAAUAUGUAUCCACAACUCUUUCGUGCCGCCAUUUUAAAGGUACCAUUUCUUGAUGUAUGCAACACAUUGUUGGAUCCCAGUCUACCCCUCACAAUCCUGGAUUAUGAAGAAUUUGGAAAUCCUCAAAUUCAAUCAAACUUCGAUUCUAUUUUUAGUUUUUCUCCUUAUGACAACAUUCCUCAAGAUUGUUGCUUUCCUUCAGUUAUGGUUACAUCGGCAGUUAAUGAUUCAAGGGUUGGAGUUUGGGAAGGUGCUAAAUGGGUAGCGAAAGUAAGAGAUAGUACCUGCUCUCGUUGUUCUCGUGCUGUUAUCAUGAAAACAAGUAUGGUAGGUGGCCAUUUUGGUGAAGGUGGUCGCUAUGCUCAGUGCGAUGAAACAGCUUAUGAAUAUGCUUUCUUCAUGAAAGCUUUUGGAAUGUUAAAUGAAUAAGUUAAUCUAUUAGGCCAGCUGCAGCUAGGUUAUUUUCAUCAGUGGAAGACUUGCCAUGGAAAAAAGGACGAGUUCUUUCAAUCCUCAUAGUUAGUGUACAGUUUUUUUCCCUCCUAUUUUGAUUCUCCGGUGUCAUUCUUCGAAGGUAAAUGUUUUCAAAUGCUAUAAAGUGUGUCACUGCUCAAUGAUUCUUGUUAUAUUUUAUCAAAGAAAGGUAAUUGGAUGCGCACGCCCUAGUUAACAGGAGUUGCUGUUUUGGGAUAGGGAAAUGAGGAGACUCACAUGUUGUUAGAAACUCAUGCUCAUGACAUUAUAAAAUUUGCAUUGUUUGAACUUGUUAUGUAGUGACUUCCUAUUGAUCAAGUGAACUUGUUAUGUACUUGACUCUUGCAAUGUUAUGAGCAAGGAUAUGGGCUUCAUUGAUUCGGGAUUGCAGACUGAGCACAAUGACUUAGGGGGCCAAAAUGAUCAUGAUUAAACCUAAGAAGUGGAAUUACUAUAUUUCCAUUAGGUAUAGAAGAUUGAUGGCUCACUAGUUUGUUUUUGAGUAUGUUCGGAAUGAUCUAGAAUAAGCGUGGCUAUAUAAGAUCUUGUAGUUUCUCUAUCAUUACAAUCAAUGAAAUUAUUCAUAUCUCUUGUUUAUCUCUCUAUUCAGAGAAUCAUAUCUAUGAUUUGGUUCUUUCACUGAGAGAGUUCCCACAAUUAGCACAAGUGCUUCCGUGACGAACCAACAUUCAAAUUAUUAUUGAGGUCCCAACAAUUAUUGUCAAACAAAAUUUCAAAUAGGGUUAUCAAUAAAAAUCUCAAUUUUAUUUCA